CUUAAAACUGGUUCUCCAUCUUCCAUUCCAAAAUCCCUCCGACAUUCCCCUGGCUUUGAAGAGUCUUGCCACCGCUCUUCAUUGUUGGUUCCGUCGACUAGAGAUGGCAUGUGGGGUUCUUAGCUUAUUGAAAUUACAGAAAAACAGUGUGUAAUUAUUAUAAAUUAUGGAGUACAUCAGUGUAAUUUUUCUAUUAUUUUUGUUGCAUGUAUUGUGGGAGAAAAGUUUGUGGUUUAUAUAAUUUGGAAUAGACCCCUCCAGGUCAAUUAAUGUAGUCUGAAUUAUUAGGAAGAUGUGUUAUCCAUACAGAAUCCACUCAUCCAAUCAAGAAUUUUUUUUUUAUUUAUCAUUCUUUUUUCUUAUUUGUUUUCAAGUUAGAACCUGAUUGUUUGAAGUCAAUAAAGAGUAUUGGAUCGUCUCUGUCUUUCUUCUAACUCCGGUUUAGUUUCUUGAAUUGCGAAAUUAAUCGAGUGUGUCAACCGAUCAAAAAUGGCAAAAAGUGAUGCUGAUGAGUUGAAAAGAAGAGAGGAGAGAAAAGAAGCUGGUCAAUCAGGUGUUGAAAUAAUAAAAAAUGAUGAGUGGAAAAUAUUCAUAGUUGAAGAGAGACCCAUUGCAUCUUUACAAAAGGUUCCACGAGAAUUAAGGGAGAGGGAGGAGAACAAAGGAUUAUUUGAUCCUAGAGUGGUUUCUAUGGGUCCCUAUCACCAUGGCAAGCCUGAGCUUGAAGAAGCGGAAAAAUUCAAGAGCAGAGCGGCGCGUACAUUCAUAGCUGACAGCAACCGAGAGCGCGAAUUCUAUCAUAACAUCUUGGAAGUAGUCAGCGAUGCUAGGAAGUGCUACCUCCUGGCUCAACAGAUACAUAUGACGACCAAGCAUUCGCCCGUAUGAUGUUGCUUGACGGUUGUUUUAUCCUGCAGUUCAUAGAUGCUCACACCAAUACUAGACAAAACGAGCCUUUUCUACUUGAACUGGCGAAGCAGGUAGGUGUUUCUGCUUACCGUGUCAUAAUUUCCGACAUCGUGUUGCUGGAAAACCAACUUCCUUUCAUAGUUCUCCAGACCUUGAUUAGAACCAAAUACCCAGACAGCAGAGGCGAGGAAUUGAUGGAGAAUUUCAUUCUCAAAGUUUAUAUAGAUAACAUGGCAACAUGGACAAAAAAAACUUACAAGCAUGAGAAAGUACAACCACCCCUUCAUUUCCUAGAUCUUGUGAGGAGAAGAUUUCUCGGCCGCUACCCUCCCAAAGAUGAAGAAUUUAGCAGCGAGGAAGACAAAGAUGGUCGUCGACUUUAUUCCUUCAAAACAAUUAUUCCCUUCUUGCCCAGAAGAUGUUCCGUCAAAACAAUUAUUCCCUUCUGGUGCAGAAGAGGGCAUAGCAGGGACACCAAGAGUAAGGACGGAGAUGCAAUCAAGGAUGCUUUCACUUACUCAUUUCGAUCAGCCAAAGAACUUAAAAGCAAAGGGGAUACAUUUCAGGCCUAGCACGACAUUUUUUUUGAACGACUUUGCUUUCACUUCUAGAUUUGGCUACGGACGCCUGACUCUUCCUCAACUCGUAUUUGGCUAUGGAAUGAGGUACUUCCUGCUAAACAUGAUGGCCUAUGAAUUGGCCCCCUCUAUAGAACUUAUUGAGUGGGAGAUAUGCAACUACAUAUAUUUCAUGAAUUCACUCAUAAAUGGAGCUGAAGAUGUGAUGGAGCUGCGAACACACGGCGUCAUUCAUAACUUCUACGGCACUGAUGAAGAAGUCGCAAAAGCAUUCAACUCAAUGGCCACAGGUGGUGCAUUUGUUUGCUACCAAGGCCCUAUUAAAGAUGCAAAUGAUGGAAUACAAGAGCAUUACAAUAGCACGAUGAAGACUUGGACAGCUCAACUAUGGAACAACUAUUUUAGUACUCCAUGGUCUGCUGUGGCUUUCUUGGCUGCAACUUUCGCACUGAUUCUCACUAUCAUUCAAACAUUUUUCCCUCGUUAAUUAAGCAAAUUAGUUCAAGCAGGUUCGGGGAGGACAGGGGAGCUAGCCAGUGGGAUUCAUAGAUCCAACUCUGCUGCUAUGCUACUGCUGUUUUUCAAAAUAUAAUUAUUUCAUGUUGUGCUUAAAAGCAAGAUUUCAUGGGAUGUUUAUUAUGUAAGAACGUCUUUAAUGAUGAAUUCAAUAAAGAAGUAAGCGUUGCAAUA